CGUUUGACUCUAUUUCCUGUAGCUACCGAGGAAACCAAACGUAAGAUGUACAGCUCAGUUCUUCUAAUUGGGGGCGGUUUCAUGUUUAAUGGCGCCCAAAUCGCUUUACAGUCUCGACUCCAGGCCAAAUUACCCGCGUCUCACCGCAAACUCGUGGAUCAGGUUGAAGUCAUUGCCAGACCCAAGGAAAUGGAUCCGCGGACGAUUUGUUGGAAAGGUGGUGCUGUGCUUAGUAUCCUGGACUCUGCUCAAGAAUUGUGGAUCAGUCAACGGGAAUGGAUAUCGAUCGGAGUCAGGGUACUACGGGAGAGGUCGCCUUUCAUUUGGACAAUCUGUAGUUAAUAAUCUUAGGCUACACUGCUU